AUGAGCAAUUGCUUGUCACUCUUUGAUGCUGAAACAUUUUCCAAGCAUUUGGAUUUAGAGCUUCCUGGUCAUGAUUUUGGUUUCGUCGUUCACGGUUCGUGCAAUGGAUUGGUUUGCAUCUCUAAUUCUGCAUUUAUGACCUUGGAGAGUCCGGUAUAUCUAUGGAACCCAUCAAUCAGAAAUUUGAAAAGACUUCCCAAUAGCCUUCAACAUACAACUGUUUUCGUUCAUCUAGGGUUUGGGUUUCAUAGUGAGGUUGACAACUAUAGGGUUGUGAGGGUUGCGAGAUUUCUAUGCAACAAAAGUAUCUUUGGGAUUGAGGUUUACAAUAUUAGACUGAAUUGUUGGAGGACAAUUACCACGGUGCCUCCUGUUUCAAAUGAUGUCAAUUUUUUGCAGUCUGCGUGCGUUUUCCUGAACGGAGUUGUCUAUUGGAUCACAAAGGAGCCAUCUCAACAUAGCCCUUCCAUCCUUACUUUUGAUCUCGGCAGCGAGGUUUUUCAAAAGAUUCUGCUUCCCGAGACAACGGUCGAAGUGCCCACUGACGUCGGUAUUCAAGUGGUUGAGAACUCAGUCUCCUUAUUCCAAGUAAGAACAGACAGGCUUGGCUUGUACUGUGACAUAAGCGUUUUGGAAGUGAAUACUUGGAAAAUGAUGCAGACAAUUAUUUUUCCAUACUCUAAAUUAGCAUGGCCAUUAGGGAUGGAAGCAGAUGGCAGACUUCAUUUGGCUAUAAAAGGCGACAAUCCAGAUCACCCAGAAUUGGUUUUAUUUGAUCCCAAGUCUAUCGAAAUUAGGGUUACUGGAAUCGGGUUGAAUUGCAAGUACUUAGCCUAUGUUGAUGUCUAUAUUGAGAGUCUAAUUUUACUCAACAGAAGUCUAAUUUUGACUUUGGUUCCAAGUCAUAUUAUGUAUGCGUGCAUAUGUUUGGUAGACUAUCUUGAACGCUUCAUUAGCAAAAUUUUAAUUCGGUUUGGUGUUGUGUAA